ACGAGAGAAGAAAAGCGGAGAGGAGAGGAGAUGCCUGUGCAAUUCGAAUUUGAGUUGGCAUUUGCAUUUGCUGCUGAGUGUCUGCAGGGACGAAUCAGAGCAGCAUCGACAGCGAUAUCACGGCGGGCGAGCGAGCGAGCAUCCAGGGCAGGAGAAUGGCGACGGUGCCGUCCCUGUACAGGCGGGUCCUCCCGUCGCCGCCGGCGGUGGACUUCACCUCGCCGGACGGCAAGCGCCUCUUCGCGGAGGCCCUCGAGGGCGGCACCAUGGAGGGCUUCUUCAGCCUCGCCUCCUGCUUCCAGACGCAGUCCGAGCCGGCCUUCUGCGGCCUCGCCUCCCUCGUCGUCGUCCUCAACGCGCUCGCCAUCGACCCCGGCCGCCGCUGGAAGGGCCCCUGGCGGUGGUUCGACGAGUCCAUGCUCGACUGCUGCGAACCCCUCGACAAGGUCAAGGCCCAAGGCAUCACCUUCGGCAAGGUCGCCUGCCUCGCGCACUGCUCCGGCGCCGACGUUCAACCCUUCCGCGCCAACCAGAUCACCGUCGAUGACCUCCGCCGCCACCUCAUCCGCUGCACCUCCUCUCGGGACUGUCAUCUCAUCGCUUCCUAUCACAGGAAGCUUUUAAAACAGACCGGGGCCGGGCAUUUCUCCCCAAUCGGUGGCUACCACGCCGGACAGGAUAUGGCGCUCAUCUUGGAUGUCGCCUGCUUCAAAUACCCUCCUCAUUGGGUUCCACUGCCACUUCUUUGGGAAGCCAUGAAUACGAUUGAUGAAUCAACCGGACUUCUCAGGGGGUUCAUGCUUAUAUCAAGGCACAAUGCAGCUCCCUCGGCACUUUACACAGUGUGUUGCAGAGAUGAAAGCUGGAAAAGCAUGGCAAAAUAUUGCGUCGAAGAUUUACCAGUUCUUUUAAAGGCUGAGGGUCUUGACAAUGUUCAAACAAUUUUGUCCCGUUUUAUUGAUUCUCUUCCAGCUAAUGCUGGAUCUUUGAUCAAAUGGGUUGCUGAAGUUAGGAGAAAAGAGGAAGAAGGAUCAUGCUUAAGCAAAGAGGAGAAGGAAAGGCUUUUUGUGAAGGAAAAUGUAUUACAGCAAGUUCGUGAUACCAAGCUAUUUAUGAUAGUCCAUGACCUGCAAUGUGCUCGCAUCCAAUGUUGUACUGGUUCGUCAUCAAGUGAAGAUUCCAUUACUAGGAUUGCAGCCUCUGUGUGUAGUCAAGGAGCUGCAAUGUUAUCAGGAAACCUUGCAUCAAGUAAUGGUUUCUGCUGCUGGGAAACACAUUUCAAAUGUGUUCAAGCAAAUGGUGGUGGAACUAAUACUGUUAUCUCAGGCUCUGUGGUAUCUGAAGGCAAUGAACAGGGUGUUGAUAUGCUUUUACCAAUACCCCCUCUCAGCAUGAGUCCGUGCAAUUCAAACAUGGUCAAUGAAAUCAUCAAAUAUCCAUCAAGCACAGAUGUUCUAACCGUUCUACUGCUGGCUUUGCAUCCCAGCACAUGGUUCAGCAUCAUGGAUGAGAAGCUGAAAGACGAAUUUCAGACUCUUGUUUCAACAGACAAUCUACCAGAUAUUCUUAAACAGGAAGUGUGUUGUCACAAUCCAAGCAUGCCUAUUUGUCUACUUUUGUUCCCUAUAAAAUUUUUUCCUGAAAAAAUAAGAUGCACAAAACAUUUUCUCUUGUGGAAAUUAUGUGAAAUUUUAGAGGUCUUAGAUGGUGCAGUUCUAGAUGGUUUGGGGCUGUUUUUGCUUCAUCUAUUUCCACUCUAGCCCUGGUUGGAAUGGCACGGGGAACUUUGUGGUUAAUUAGUCAACUGUCCCCUAUGAAUCUGGAUUUUUGAGUUCAAUGUUUCUUUCAUGACUAAAAGUAGUUUUAUUAACUUUGAUAGAAUUAUUGUCACCGACUGUAAUAUAUGUGUUUACAUGUCGUAACUGUUUUUAAUAGUUUCCCAAUAUAUUUGAUACCGCAAUAUUAUAUGCUCAAGCUGGCCUUCAGCCGCAACCUAAAUCCACCACUUUGUAGUGACACAAGGAGCGCAUGGCUGGAUAGGGUGGGGCACAGAUCGAGAUCUCUAUAUCAAGCUUUGUGCUAAUUGGAUCAUAGCAUAUAGCCUUCUUAAGUGAACUUUGAAACUACUAUCCCAAAUCCAUCAUUGCCAUCACAAACUAAAAGAUAGACAUAAAAGUAGUUUUUUUUCAAAAGUGGGUUAUAGUGGCGCCAUAAUGGUUCAAGUGAACUGCCGCAGUGACCGCUGCAGCAGAAAUAGUAGGCUAUAGUGGCGCUAUUAGUGGUUCAAGCAUGUUGGCAUUCAUAAACUCAUUUUUAGGUAUUCAUUGCAUAGUGUGAGAGAGACUAAGAUUUUGAUUUUUUUUUUACUUGUUCAAAUUGUGGAUGCCAGAUUUUUUUAGAAAACCAAAAUGUUAUUUUUUUAAAAAAAAUCCAAUUCUACACCUAAACCUAAUAUCUUUCUUCUAAGGUUUCAGUGCUAAGCAUUCGCGCACACUAUAUUUGGGGUACUAGUUUUUCUAUUUGUUACACCUUGAAGUUUUUCUAUUUGUUACACCUUGACAUAGAAAACUUGAAGAAAAAUAUUUAUUUUUCAGAUAUGUAAAGGCAUCUCUCCACAAUGAGAAUGUUAUCGGGAUAAUCUUUCACAUGUCUUCUAUUCAUUCCAUGACUUAUUCAUACCUCAUUGGAAAACAAGUUUAUUAUGAGUUAUUUAUUCCAUGUCAAUAUGAAUGCUUCCUUAUACUAGCAGAUUGGCAGGGGAAGUAUCCAGUGUACCUCUUUUAUCUGCUGGCAGAUACCGCAGCUAAGUAUAACUUUUUUAUGUGCUGACAGAUAAUUCAUCUAAGGCGGCAACUCUAUUAUCUGAAGGCUUGUAAGGACGAGGAAAUAUGAGGACCUUGUGCCACCGUCCCCUCAGCAGUGAUGCAAGUGCAGCAACCCUAUCACUUGAUGAGUUUAUUUGCUGGAACUUGAGGUCAAGAGAAAAGUUACAAGAGUGGUACUGGGCGAGCAAUUACAUGAGGAUAAUUCUUAUAGUAGUGAUGGCAUAAUGUUGUUAGGAAAAUUGCCUAUGUACCACACAUCCUGAAUGGUGUUGAAAACAUAUAUCAUUAUUGAUAAGUUUUGGCAUCAUUUUAAGAAGGAUUAUUAUUCCUUUCUUAAAUAAUGAUGUAACUUAGUCUUGUUAAUUGAUAGACCCUUUCUCUUAUA